AUGCAAGGUCAAAGCGAACCGGGCGAGCAACAUCCUGUCACAGAGGCCUCACCUCCGGAUAGCCCUGGGGCAAGAAGUCCAACAACCGUGAGAGAGGCCUCUGAGAAAAUGACGUCAGUCCAAGAAGAUACGGUAUCUCACUGUCAUGAUUGUCAUGAUGACUCACCACCGGAUAGCCCUGGGGCAAGAAGUCCAACAACUGUGAGAGAGGCCUCUGAGAAAAUGACGCCAGUGUCGACGCCUGUUGCCAUAACAUUUUGGUUUGUGCUGCAGGGUCAAAGCGAACCGGGCGAGCAACAUCCUGUCACAGAGGACUCACCACCGGAUAGCCCUGGGGCAAGAAGUCCAACAACCGUGAGAGAGGGUCAAAGCGAACCGGGCGAGCAACAUCCUGUCACAGAGGACUCACCACCGGAUAGCCCUGGGGCAAGAAGUCCAACAACUGUGAGAGAGGGUCAAAGCGAACCGGGCGAGCAACAUCCUGUCACAGAGGACUCACCUCCGGAUAGCCCUGGGGCCAGAAGUCCAAGAACUGUGCGAGAGGGACAAAGGGAACCUGGCGAGCAAAAUGCCGUCACAGAGGACUCACCUCCGGAUAGCCCUGGGGCAAGAAGUCCAACAACCGUGAGAGAGGGUCAAAGCGAAUCGGGCGAGCAACAUCGAUAG